AUGAGUAGUAGAAAAAGACGACAAGACUCAGAUGAUGAUUAUGAUCAAUUCCCAAACACUUCGAUAUGUUCUUCAGACUCAGGUAAUUCAUCACCAAGCUCAAUGUGUUCAAACAACUCCAAACAUAAUUUCAUUUCUUCAUCACCGGUGCAGAGUAAAAGAAUUCAAAUGUACAAAAUUCAUACCGAAGUUCAUCAAAAAACUAUUGAUAUCAUGACAAAAGCUCAAUUGAAACUACAGCGACAAGAAAAACAUAAGGAAAUUGAAAGUAAUUUUGUAAAUGAUGUCAAAAUGGAGGAAGAGUGCAAGACUAACUAUCACCAAAAACCUUAUUGGUAA